CGCCUUAACCCGAACCUCAAAGAGGUGGUUAAGAAGGAGAUACUAAAGCUCCUUGAGGCAGGGAUCAUAUAUCCAAUCUCUGACUCUCGGUGGGUAUCUCCUGUGCACGUUGUGCCCAAGAAAGGUGGUAUCACGGUGGUAAAAAAUGAUAAGGAUGAACUCAUAGCCCAAAGAACUAUAACCGGCCAUCGCAUGUGCAUUGACUAUAGGAAAUUGAAUUCUGCAUCAAGAAAAGAUCAUUUCCCUUUACCAUUCAUUGAUCAAAUGCUUGAACGAUUAGCCAAUCAUCCUUAUUUCUGUUUUCUCGAUGGAUACUCUGGAUUCUUCCAAAUACCAAUAGAUCCAAGAGACCAAGAGAAAACGACAUUCACUUGCCCUUAUGGCACUUAUGCUUAUAGGAGAAUGCCUUUCGGUUUGUGUAAUGCACCGGCCACUUUUCAAAGAUGCAUGAUGCACAUUUUCUCUGAUCUAAUUGAAGAGAAAGUUGAGGUGUUUAUGGAUGAUUUCUCCGUAUACGGUUCCUCUUUCUCCGAAUGUCUUGCUAAUCUUUCUCAGGUUCUAAAGAGAUGUGAGGAGCAUAGGCUUGUAUUGAACUGGGAGAAGUGUCAUUUCAUGGUACAAGAAGGCAUUGUCUUGGGGCACAAGGUAUCAGAGAAGGGAAUUGAGGUGGACAAGGCCAAAAUCGAGGUAAUGGUGAACCUACAAGCUCCGAAUUCUGUAAAAGGGAUAAGAAGCUUUCUUGGGCACGCUGGGUUCUAUAGGCGGUUCAUUAAGGAUUUCUCCAAGAUAGCUAGGCCUUUAACUAGGCUAUUGUGCAAAGAGGUGGAGUUUAUCUUUAAUGAAGAGUGUGAGGAAGCGUUUAAGAGGAUCAAGGAGGCUUUGAUCAGUGCACCAAUUGUACAAGCUCCCGAUUGGUCUUUACCUUUCGAAGUGAUGACUGAUGCAUCUGACUAUGCCGUGGGAGCUGUCUUGGGGCAGAAGAAAGAUAAGAAACUCCAUGUGAUUUAUUAUGCCAGCCGCACCUUGGACUCAGCUCAAGAAAAGUAUGCAACCACCGAGAAGGAAAUGCUUGCCAUUGUGUUUGCAUUUGACAAAUUCAGGAGUUAUCUAGUGGGAUCAAAGGUCACGGUCUACACUGAUCACGCGGCCUUGAGGUACUUGAUGUCUAAGAAAGACGCUAAGCCGAGGCUUUUGAGAUGGGUCCUAUUGCUCCAAGAAUUCGACAUGGAAAUACUUGACAAGAAGGGCAUUGAAAACGGGGCCGCAGAUCAUCUCUCAAGGCUGAGGAUUGAAGAAAAGGUCCCCAUAGACGAUGCUUUACCUGAGGAACAUCUCAUGCUGGUACGAAGCCUCCCAUGGUUCGCGGAUCUUGUGAACUACCUAUCUUGCGGUUUAGAGCCACCGGAUCUUGAUGCCUAUCAGAGGAAAAAGUUCUUUAGAGAUGUGAUGAGAUAUCAUUGGGAUGAGCCGUAUCUUUACGUGCUUAACAAGGACCAUCUCUAUAGGCGAUGCUUGGCCGAAGAAGAGAUCCAUCCGACUAGUGGUCAAGUGGAGGUCUCUAACCGACAGAUAAAGGCUAUUUUAGAAAGAACCGUGAGCUCAUCUAGGAAGGAUUGGAGCAAGAAACUUGAUGAUGCUUUGUGGGCUUACAGAACCGCGUACAAGACCCCCAUUGGAACCUCACCGUUUAACUUGCUCUAUGGGAAAAGCUGUCAUCUACCGGUUGAGUUGGAAUACAAAGCAUUGUGGGCAGUGAAACUUCUGAACUUUGACAUCAAGACUGCACAAGAGAAGAGGGUUUUACAGCUUCAUGAGCUUGAGGAAAUCAGGUUAGAUGCUUUUGAGAGCUCUAAGAUCUACAAGGAAAGGACCAAGGCGCUUCAUGACAAGAAGAUACACAAGAGAGAGUUCAAAAAAGGAGACCAAGUUCUGCUGUUUAACUCGAAACUCAAGCUAUUCCCUGGGAAGUUGAGAUCCAGAUGGUCCGGUCCAUUCGAAAUUCUUGAAGUAAGGCCUUAUGGAGCGGUUGUUUCUAUAACUAUGAUCUUGUUAGAGAAAAGCUCUAUGACCGGCGACCGAGCUGUUCCCACUCAUGAGACGAACAAAAAUGAGGUCCAGAGGAGGAGCACGAAAGGGAAAGCCGUGGCCGUAGCACGCAAUGGUGGAACAAGCAAGAAACCCUCCGUGAGAUCCGAUGGUGAGCCAGCCGCCAAGCGAGCAAGGAACGCCGAGCUCACUCUGGUUCCAACCCUUGAACCAAAAAGGAAUGGGGAGCAGGCAGCCACUGAGAUCGAUGGAGAUGAGCUGAGAGCCAUAGUUCCCCAUGUACCCGACCAUGCCAAGAAAGCCAAGAAGGAACCAAAGACCGAGCCCGAGGAAGAACACUUCCCGACUACUGAGGAAAACCAAGGAGCCGAAAAUCAGCCCUAUCCACAGCAACAAAGGAGUUUUCAAAACAAGUUUCAAGGUGGAAACUAUGGAGGAGGAAACUUUCAACAAAAACCAGCAUUCAAUCCUCAACAAGAACAGACCAGCUCAUUAGAAGCAACCCUUUCCCAGCUAAGUAAUCAGGUAAAAUCACUUGAACAAACUAUGAUGCAGACUACUCAAGGCAAUGAGAAGUCAUUCAAGGAAAUGGGGGUGAAGAUCGAUUGUAUCUACACUGAUUUGAAUGGGAAGUUCGAAUCUCUUGCAACCCAUGUCAAGAAGUUGGAACAUCAGAUAGGUCAAACUGCAGAUUCAAUGAAGAGACAACCAGGAGUUUUACCAGGAAGAGUAGAAGAUAACCCAAAGAAGUUCUGCAAUGCCAUGACAGCAGUUCUGGAGGAAGAACCUGUCACAGACUCUAAGGGGAGAUUAACACCUGAACCUCUUAUAAAGGACUUUGAAACCGAGCAUGAGAGAAGCCGAGUCAUUCCUGUUAAGGUACCCAAACGCUUGCCUGACCAAAGACUCAAAAAGUCUAAGGAUCCAGGGCGUUUCUCAUUCACCUGUACAUUUUUCCCCUCUCCAGUAAGGAUAAUCUUUGGUGAUUCAUCUCAAAAGAGAACAGAAGGAAUGAUCCAAGAUUUGCCACUAAUCUUUGGAAACAAAAUAGUCCUAGCCGAUUUUCAAGUCUUGGAGAUGAACAAGGACAAAGAGAGACCUUUGAUAUCUGGUCGCCCAUUCUUAGCUACUGUAGGUGCUGUUAUUGACCAUGCAAAUCGCUGUUUAGUUUUCUUAAAUGUGGACAGGAAAAAUUUCUAUAAAACCACACCAGACCAAGCUCCAAAUCAAAGGGACAAGGACAAAGAGAAGGUGAUGGAGGACAAGAAGGAACUAAAAGCACUUGCAUCUAGGCUUGGAAUGAGAUCAUUCAUGGAGCAGAACUUUCAGACCUAUGAGAACCACACCAAGGAGUUCCUUGCAUCAGAAACUUUGAGCUACAAGAAGAGAGAUACUCCUAGAGCUCUAGAUGGCACACUCUCCUUCUCUAUUGGAGGUCAUCCUUACUCUCUCAUCAUCUUAGAGAUAUGUGAUGCUUUGAAGUUGCUUUAUUGUGAUGAGAUUGCAUUGGAGAAGGAUCCAGAUGAGGAUCUUUGGAAGCUGAUGGGUUAUGGAAUUUAUGACAAUGGAAGCUACUAG